CCUUCGUUGAUCCGUUUCUUUGUUCCUUUUGUUUUUUUCCGAAACCAAUUAUUGAGACUGCACAGUGUAGUGGUUAGGAGUACAGACUCUGGAGCCUGGCUGUCUUGAUUUUCUCCCUCCCUCAUUUGUGACAUUGGGCAAGACAGUGGGCCUCAGCUUCCUCAUCUAAAAAAUGGGGUAUUUGGGGAAAUUGAAUUAAACAAUAAAGGCAAAGCCUGGCACAUAGUAAGCACUCAAUAAAUGCCAGACACACUGUGUGCCAGACAUGGUACAAAGAUCAUGGUUUUGGGGGGUUGAUUGGGAGAAUAAACUCGAUUGAGAUAAGUCCUAGUUUAAAUCCAGGUAUAAACGCUGUGGUGGAGACAUGGGAAGUGUUAUGAGAAUAUAAUGAAGGAAGAUUUACUGGGGAGGUGAUGGAGACUGGUGACUUAAACUAUUCUUAAGAGUGAAUACAAGUCUACCAGGGAUGUGGUGGGCAGCUGGGCAUUUCUGGCAGAGAUCACAACUUAAAGGGUCAACUGGAAAUACAUGACAUUCUCAAGAAACUGAGUAGUAUGAUAUUGUUAGAACUAGGGUGGUGAUUUCCUCCUGGAAGCUCCCUCUCUGUGCUUCCACUGCACCAUGUCUGUGUCUCUAGAACAGCCCUUACUGCAUGCUUUCAUACUGAAAUGCGGUUUAUAUUUCUCUCCCUCACCUCAGGUCAGGGAUCUUGCAGUGGUCUUUGUCUCUUUCUGUAAUGCCUGGCAUUUGAAGAGACAUAUGGGCAAUGAACCUGGAAAGGGAGAAUGUCUUCGGUCCUACAGUGUUGAUGACACUGACAUUUUCUGAGUGGUCUUGGACAGCCUACUUUUUAUGUAAAUAACUGGCUAGACUUCAUAUUUUUCACUAGAGAAGUCUUUAACCUACAGAUUUAAAAACACUGCUUUUAGGUUACUACUAUUUUUAACUUGAAAGUUCUGCCUUUCUUAUUCCAAAAUGUUGAGAUACUGGGGAGAGAUACCAAUCUCAUCAAGCCAGACCAACAGAAGUUCCUUUGAUUUGCUCCCACGGGAGUUCCGUCUCGUAGAAGUCCAUGACCCACCCCUGCACCAACCCUCAGCCAACAAGCCCAAGCCCCCCACAAUGUUGGACAUCCCCUCAGAGCCGUGCAGCCUCACCAUCCAUACUAUCCAGCUGAUCCAGCACAACCGACGUCUGCGCAAUCUCAUAGCCACCGCUCAGGCCCAGAGUCAGCAACAGACAGAAGGUGUAAAGACUGAAGAGAGUGAACCUCUUCCCUCUUGCCCGGGGUCACCUCCUCUUCCUGAUGACCUCCUGCCUUUAGACUGUAAGAAUCCCAAUGCACCAUUCCAGAUCCGGCACAGUGACCCAGAGAGUGACUUUUAUCGCGGGAAGGGGGAACCUGUGACUGAACUCAGCUGGCACUCCUGCCGGCAGCUCCUCUACCAGGCAGUGGCCACAAUCCUGGCCCACGCGGGCUUUGAGUGUGCUAACGAAAGUGUCCUGGAGACCCUCACUGAUGUGGCACAUGAGUAUUGCCUUAAAUUCACCAAGUUGCUGCGCUUCACUGUGGAUCGAGAAGCCCGGCUCGGGCAGACUCCUUUCCCUGACGUUAUGGAGCAGGUAUUCCACGAGGUGGGCAUCGGCAGCGUGCUCUCCCUCCAGAAGUUCUGGCAGCACCGCAUCAAGGACUAUCACAGUUACAUGCUACAGAUUAGUAAGCAACUCUCUGAGGAGUAUGAAAGGAUUGUCAAUCCUGAGAAGGCCACAGAGGACACUAAACCUGUAAAGAUCAAGGAAGAACCUGUGAGCGACAUCACCUUCCCUGUCAGUGAGGAACUGGAGGCUGACCUUGCUUCUGGAGACCAGUCACUGCCCAUGGGGGUCCUCGGGGCUCAGAGUGAGCGCUUUCCAUCUAACCUGGAGGUUGAGGCUUCGCCACAGGCUUCAAGCACGGAGGUAAAUGCUUCCCCUCUUUGGAAUCUGGCCCAUGUGAAAAUGGAGCCUCAAGAGAGUGAAGAAGGCAAUGUCUCUGGGCAUGGCGUGCUGGGCAGUGAUGUCUUCGAGGAGCCCAUGUCCGGGAUGAGUGAAGCUGGGAUCCCCCAGAGCCCUGAUGACUCAGACAGCAGCUAUGGUUCCCACUCCACAGAUAGCCUCAUGGGAUCCUCCCCUGUUUUCAACCAGCGCUGCAAGAAGAGGAUGAGGAAAAUAUAAAAGGAAAAGGGGAGACUUUCUCUCCAGACCUGCAAAACCCACCAGAAAACCUUGGUGUGUUCAAAUUUGUUUCCAUAAAAGGUGAUUUGACUCAGUAAACAAGUGGAUUUUCCUGAUUUCAUUGGAGCUGGAUUUAGCCAAACAAGUUUGCAUUUUACUUUUACAGCUAGUUUUUGUACUUUUCUACAACGAAGCCACCUUUCACAGACAGUUCACAAUACUGGGAUGGUAAUUGGGAGACCAAAGCACUGUCCCUGACUGAUGUUUUUACCUUUGCACAACUAAGAAUCAUACGGCUUGGCUCAUAUCGCAGGGAUGUUGUACAGAUUGAGAUUCUUAUCAAACCUCAAAGCUAUGCUUGAAAAGACUCACAAGUAAAUAUAUGCUGAUAUUA